GAGCAACUACCAGUGCAGGCAUACAAGGGAGUGAGAAAGAGAGAGAGAUGGCGGGUGAGAAAGGGAGUGAGAAGGAACGGGAGAGUGCAUCUCAUGCAGGCUCAUUAUCGCACUGCGGGAGUGUGGCUGCCCUCCAAUGCUUCCCUCCUGGCACCCCUUCACCCAACUCUCCUCCUCCUCGCACCUCCUCUGGCCCACCUCCCGUCCACGCCCUCACUCCCACUCUACCCCACACACACCCCUGUGCUCGUGGUUUGCUGCACACGUCGCCCUCUGCACCCAAUACUCCCCCCACUGCUGUCGCUGCCCCUGCUCUGCCCUCGCCACUGCCAUCACCGACCCAGCAGCAGCAGCAGCAGCAGAAUCAGCAGCAGCAGAAACAGGCGGCCCCAGCCACAGCAGGAGCAGCUGCAGCAGGGCAUCGCAGGCAGCGCAGCCGGUGGCGCAAGAUAGAGCUGUGUGCCCCGCGGCCUGCCCUCACCGCACACCACCGUGCCAGCAGCACUGGCGAUUUCACCCGCCUCUUCUCCCGAGGCACACGAGAAGAGGCUCUGGAAGCCGGGAGAGAGGGCGCGUGGGAAGGGUGGGAAGGAAGCAAGGCGUGUGAGGGGUAUGAGGGACGGCAGAGGAGGGAGGGAGUGAUCGUGGGUAUGGGUGGAGCCGAGCGUGUGGGUGGCAUGAUGGGGGUAGGGAGAGGGGAUGGGGGCGUUUUGGGGAGUGGUGAUGCGGCGGGUGGUGCGUGGAUGGGUGGGGGGGAGUGGGUGGACUCUGGGGCAGCAGCAGCAGAAGUGGUGGUGGCGGCAGCAGCAGCGGCAUGCAGUGUGUGGUAUCAUACUGGGCAUGGGCAUGUGCACAUGCAGGGCAAGCAGGAGGGACAGGGGGAAGAGGAGGAGCAGGGGCAGGGGCAGGGAAAGGGGCGAGUGGGGUCAGAUGGGCUAGGCGGAGUGAGUGGUUCAGUGGUGUAUGGCAACGGUGCUGACACUCAUGGUGCCGGUGCUGCCAGUGCUGCCAGUGCUGUCAGUGCUGUCAGUGCUGUCAGUGCUGUCAGUGCUGUCAGUGCUGUCAGUGCUGACAUUGCUGCAAGAGGGGAGCUUGGUAACGAUCUUAGUCUACGGUGGAUGGGAGGCGACGAUGCUCUGAGGGGUGAUUGUAACGAGCGUGAUGAUUGUGGUGACGCGCGUGGUGUGCCGGGGGUGCUCAUGAUGCACAAGGGAACAUGGGAUAGUGAGGGUGAGGAGGAGGAUGAGGAGGAGGGUGAGGAGGAGGGUGAGGUAGAGGUGGAGUUGCAAGAGGAUGAAGAGGAGGAAGAUGAGGAAGAGGAGGAAGAGGAAGAGGAGGGCAAGGAUGAAGUCCUUCUGCCUCAAAACCGUCCCACCUUCAUUGCGUGA